AUGCACGGUGUCCGGAGGCAGCCUCGCCCUCCUGAGGGGGUGAGAGCAGAGAGGAAGGAGAAAGAACUCGAGAAAAUCAAGUCGUACACCGCCUUGACAAAAGCGAUAUUAGAUCGACGUAAUGCUAAAGAUUAUUCGAACGAGGCUCUCGAGUCUACCACUCGGCUUCUACAGCUGAAUCCUGAGUUCUAUACGAUAUGGAACUACCGUCGAGAGAUAUUCCUCAGAGGACUCUUCCCGAAUAGUGCUCCAAAGGAUGUGAAUCGUUUUCUGCAGGAUGACUUGGCUUUCACCCUCAGCGCUCUCAAGGAGCAUCCGAAAGUAUAUUGGAUAUGGAAUCAUCGUCGAUGGUGCCUCGAACAAAUCCCUCCAGAUUAUUCAGAGGAUGAGGGAACAGAGCCAUUGCACUGGCAACGACAGACAUGGAAUCGCGAGUUGACGGUAGUCGAAAAGAUGCUCGAUGCGGAUGCUCGAAAUUUUCAAGCUUGGAAUUACCGGCGCUACGUCCUCAAGUCAAUGCCUCCACCCGGACCUUCCACCCCAGCCAGAACUCCAGCGACUGAACUAGCGUAUACCCAGAAGAAGAUAGAGUCGAAUUUUUCCAACUUUAGUGCCUGGCACCAGCGUUCCAAAGUACUCAGCUCUCCACGAAUCAAUCAUACUUUAAUGUUAACUAGCAUGGUAGAGUUCGAUUUCGUGGUGCAAGCGAUGUACACGGAUCCUAACGAUCAAAGCGCCUGGCUGUAUCAUAGGUGGCUAAUCAGCCUAACCACGGAUCUCAGCGUUAUCGAACGAGAGAUCAAAAUUAUCGAAGAGUUACUGCAGGAAGAACCUGAGAGCAAAUGGUGCUUGGAAUCACUCAUCCAGUACAAUACGCUGGUUGCACGACUUGCUGCGGAAUCGGGGGACGGAAGAUUCGCGAGACAAUCGGAGAUUGGCGCCAUGUUGACAAAAUUGAAGUCAAUUGAUCCGAUGCGGAAGGCUCGGUAUAUCGAUAUGUUACAUGCACUGGAUGAUAUACCCUCCGAAGAGCAUUAA